AAAGUACAUGGUGAGGCCCGGGGUGCCCCGGGGGUCCCCCUCCCUUCGCCCCCUCCGCCGGGGCAGCCACGGGCAGCGCCGAGCCCUCUCCCCGCGGAGAUUGACAGCCUCCCCGGGGCGUUGCCAUGGGGAUAUACAAAUCACUCCUCGCUGAUAGGUUGAAAGGGACUAAACCCCGCCCCGGGAGGCGGGGGCAGGGCCGUAUUUCCCCUGUAUAUACGGCGGCGGGGCUCCAUUCAGGGGCCCGGCAGCGCCGAGCACCGGCGGCGGGGUGCAGGGUGCAGGCAGGGGGUGCGGCCCCCUCCCCCGCCCCCAGGGCGCUGUGCCCAAGUCGAGGAGGAGGAGGAGGGCAGGGGAAGGCUCGCAGCCCGGGGAGGUGGGGCCGGGGCAGGUGCCAGGGGAGGCAGGAAGGGGCGGGCAGGGCGCUGCCUGCUCCUCGCUAUUGGGAGCCGGUUGCAGGCAGCGGCGGAGCCUGCCCCGAGGAGCCGCAGAGUCGUGCUGGAAAGCGGCCGGUCCCGUACCGACGGCGGGGCUCAGCUUCCCGGUGGUGGUGGAGGGGGGAGAAGAACCGGCCCACAGCACCCGGCGGAGGGUCCCGGAGCCCCGGCGGAGGGUCCAGCAGCGGAGCGGAGCCCCGGCGGAGGGUCCCGGAGCCCCGGCUGAACCCCGCGGCGGUGCCCGGCUGCAUCCCGGAGAGGAGCCUCGGUCUUGGAGGGUCCUGGAACCGGGCUGAUCCCGGCUGCAAAAGCCCCCGGGCGGAGGGUCCUGGAACCGGGCUGAUCCCGGCAGCGAAGCCCCGUCGGAGGCUCCCGGAGCCCGGCGCACCCGGGAGCGGAGCCCCGUCGGGGCAGCCGGUCGCACCGGAGCCAGAAGCCUCGGUGAGCUCCGGUCGGAGGGGAGGCUCCCGGAACCCUCGGCCCCCCCAAGCCUCGGUGAGCGGGAUCCCACCCCCUCCGGUCCCUCCAUGGACUGAGAUGGCCUCGGAGCUGGCCAUGAGCGCGGAGCUGCCCACCAGCCCCCUCGCCAUCGAAUACGUGAACGAUUUCGACCUGAUGAAGUUCGAGGUGAAGAAGGAACCGGCGGAGGCGGAACGGCUGUGCCACCGUCUGCCCGCCGGUUCCCUCUCCUCCACCCCGCUCAGCACCCCCUGCUCCUCCGUGCCUUCCUCGCCCAGUUUCUGCGCUCCCAGUCCCGGUGGGCAACCGGCCCCUGGGCCCCCAACAACCACCGCCGCCUCCCUGGGCUCCAAACCGCAGCUGGAGGAGCUGUACUGGAUGUCGGGUUACCAGCAUCACCUCAAUCCCGAAGCUCUCAACCUGACGCCGGAGGACGCGGUGGAAGCGUUGAUCGGUGCCCCUCACCAUCAUCAUCAUCACCAUCAAGGUUACGAGCCUUUCCGACCUCAACCCUUCGGUGGCGAGGAGCUCCCACCGGCUGCCCAUCAUCAUCCCGGCCAUCACCAUCAUCAUCAUCACCACCUGCGCUUGGAGGACCGCUUCUCCGAUGACCAGUUGGUGAGUAUGUCGGUGCGGGAGCUGAACCGACAGCUGAGGGGCUUCAGCAAGGAGGAGGUCAUCCGCCUCAAGCAGAAGAGGAGGACCUUGAAGAACCGAGGCUACGCUCAAUCGUGCCGUUACAAGCGGGUCCAGCAACGGCACAUCUUGGAAAACGAGAAAUGCCAACUCCAGAGCCAGGUGGAGCAACUCAAGCAGGAGGUGACCCGCUUGGCCAAGGAAAGGGAUCUGUACAAAGAAAAAUACGAAAAGUUAGCCGGCCGGGGUUUCCCGAGGGAGGCCUCCCCACCCGCCGCCCCCAAACCCACCGCCGACUUCUUCAUGUGAGCCCCGAAGGGGGGUUUGUUGGGUGGGGGGGGUCCCCUUUUUCCUCCCUCCCCCCUCCAUGCGGGGAGAGCAAACCCUCUGCUUGUAUUUAAAAAAAAAAAAAAGUUAUUUUUCCCCCCUCCUUGAAACUUUGGGGAGGGGGAUGUUGAACCCCCCACACACACCCACCCACCGGGACUCGAAGCUUGGGGGGGGUCCCGGGGUGGGGUGGGGGGGUCGUGGAUCUGGAGCCAGCCUGCAUGCGGGACGUGUACGGCGCGACUCCCCACCCCCCGGGAGCAUCAGCGCUAUCCAGGUGGCUUCUCCCCCUCCCGCCCCUUCCCCCCUUUUUCCCCCCCCUUCUUUUCCUGCGUGUUUCACCACCCCCCCCCCCCCACCCUCUGAUUUGAUUUUAUUUUCCGAGGGGUCUCCACGGAUCAUCCCGGGGGGGGCCCCGGCAGCGCUGCGCCCUGCCCGGCCGGCAAACCUGAGCCACAUUUAACUUAUUCACCCUUGUAAAUAUUGUAGAAAUUAGUUAGUUUUCUGCCUUUUUUUUUUUUUCUUGAGCCUAUAUUUUGCUUGGUGAUUUACGAGAAAAACAAAAAAAAAACCAAAAUCCUUUAGAAAAGAAAAAAAAAAAAUACACGAGUCUUAAAAGUUUGUAUGUAAUAGCAUGCAAAUAAUAUCCGAGUUAAUUUAACGAUGUUGGGAAGAAGCCGAAUGCACUAUAUACAGGAAUCAAUUGGGUUAAAUAAUACUGUUUUAUAGAGAUUUAAAAUUAUCUAUGCUCUUAAAAAUAGUGGGGAGGGGGGGUGAGGGGGGGAAGAGGUAACAAUUCUAGGGUGACCUGAAAGGCAAUAUAGUAAUAUAUGGACUGCAAACGGUUGGCUGCUAUCUCACUAUGCACCAGAUUUAUUUAUUAACCCUCGGGAAAUGGAAUAUUAUUUUAACCUCGAUGUUGAAAGAAGGAAAGAAAAUGCACAUUAUUUCUUGCGCAAAAAAAAAGGAAAGGAAAAGAAUUCGUGCAAUUGUGCUUGGAGCGAAAGCGGGGCCGAUCCUGCGCGGAGGAGCGGGGUGUGUUUUUUUUUAACAAGUUGCUUAUUUAAAAAAGAAAAACCAUAAAAAAAAAUUUAAUCUUGGGGCAAACACAAGGGUCUUGCGGACAAAGCAAGCUUGGGAGCCUGGUGCAUUUUAGGUACUGAUCGUGCGAAGCGUUUUUAACGACCUGUUGUUUCGAUUUGUGACGGUUUUAACGAUGUUGCAUCAAGAUAAAAACUUAUAUUCAACUAGA